GUCACCUUAUAGGCGCAGAGAUCUUUCUUCUUCUUCCUUCUGAUCUAAUUUAACAAGAUUUGAUGAGGUUAUGUCGCUUCUGCUGCCAGUAUCGCACUACAAGUUACGAUCAGGGUUCACAAUAUCCAGUUACGCGUAACAGAUCACAACCUUGAACUCACGCUUUAUCAUAAUUUAAUCUCGGCACUCGUGACCGAUGGUGAUCGACUUUGGAGAAAAAUAAGUGGCAGCUGCGUUUGCGAUUUGAUACCUUACACUCGUCUGAAUCGUUGAUUAAUUACAUUGUUGUUUGAUAUUUCCGUUAUCAGAAAUGUCGGACACUACUGGGAGGAUAAUUAAAUGCAAAGCUGCAGUGGCUUGGCAAGAAAAAGAGCCUCUAUCGCUUGAAGAAAUUGAAGUAGCCCCACCAAAGGCUGGUGAAGUAAGAAUUAAAGUUGUUGCCAUUGCUUUGUGUCAUACAGAUGCUUAUACUUUAAGUGGAUUAGACCCAGAAGGCAUAUUUCCAUGUAUUCUUGGUCACGAAGGCAGUGGUAUCGUUGAAAGUGUUGGAGAAGGAGUACAUGAAUUUCAACCAGGUGAUCAUGUAAUCCCACUGUAUAUUCCUCAAUGUGGCACGUGCAAAUUCUGCAAGUCUCCCAAAACUAAUUUGUGUAGCAAGAUACGUGAAACGCAAGGGAAAGGUGUAAUGCCCGACGGUACUUCUAGAUUUACUUGCAAAGGUCGCGAAAUUGCCCAUUUCAUGGGAUGCUCUACUUUCUCUGAAUAUACAGUGGUUGCGGAUAUUUCUCUUGCCAAGAUUGAUCCUGUUGCACCGCUUGAUAAAGUAUGCUUGUUGGGCUGCGGAAUUCCUACCGGGUACGGUGCUGUCCUUAACACCGCUAAAGUAGAACCUGGAAGCACGUGUGCCAUAUGGGGACUGGGUGCUGUCGGGUUAGCGGUUGCAUUUGGUUGCAAGAAAGCUGGAGCUAAGCGUAUUAUUGGGAUAGAUCUAAAUCCAAGCAAAUUCGAGCAGGCUAAAGUUUUCGGAUGCAACGAGUUUAUUAAUCCUAAAGAUCAUGAUAAACCAAUUCAACAAGUUUUGAUUGACUUAACGGAUGGUGGACUAGAUUAUACUUUUGAAUGCGUCGGCAAUGUAAACACUAUGAGAGCUGCGUUAGAAUCCUGUCACAAAGGUUGGGGUACGUCUGUUAUCGUGGGUGUAGCUGCUGCAGGUCAGGAAAUAAGUACUCGUCCGUUCCAGUUGGUAACAGGGCGAGUAUGGAAAGGAACCGCAUUUGGUGGUUGGAAAUCUAAAGAAAGCGUACCCAAAUUAGUACAAGAGUACAUGACCAAGACUCUGAUUCUUGAUGAAUUCAUUACACACACUCUUCCAUUCGAUCGAAUUAACGACGGAUUUGACUUGUUGCACUCUGGAAAGUGUUUGCGGACGGUGCUUAAAUUCUGAAAAAGGUUAUACGGUGUCACUCCAUGUCGGUUUGUGUACAAUUUCUAUUUCUAUUUAUACUUGCGGUAUGAUGAAAUAUUUUUGUAAUGAAUUUUUCAAAUAAAAAUAUAUCGUAUGUUUUCGACGUAA